AUGGAAAAUUUUGGAGUAGACUAUUCAAAGACCUAUGCUCGGUCCAAAUAUUAUGACGAAGCAAAACCCUGGAAUGAAAGGUGUGAUGCUGCAUUUGCUUGUGCUUCGCAGAAUGAAAUUGAACAAUUUGAUGCCAUUAAUUUGGUUAAUGCAAGUUGUCGUCUACUAGUAGAAGGUUCCAACAUGCCCUAUACUCCUGAGGCAGCUGACUUCCUAAAGAAAGCUAGUGUUCUCUUUGCUCCUGCAAUGGCUACUGGCGCUGGAGAGGUUGUGGCUGGAGAGCUUGAACUGAAUCAUGAAUGUAGUUUGAUGCACUGGUCGCCAGAGGAUUUCGAAUCUAAAUUACAGGGGAUCUUGAUUAAUGGGGGAAUUGGUGAUCAGAAAAGAGCUCUCUCUUAUGUUAGGGAAUUUUCUGUUUCACGGAUACCCUUGCAAAUAAUCAAAUGUGUUACAAGUCAUAAUAGUUUGGAGGAGAAAGCUGUUAAAGCAAAUGGAUCUUCACCGGUUCUACACUGUCCAAUCCCACCAGGGAAGAACUUCACUCAUGUUAUUCAGCUCAAAGACCAGAUUGGAAGCUUCUUCUGCUUCCCUUCUCUUAAAAUACAAAAAGCGGCCGGAGGAUUCGGCGCCAUCAGGAUCUGGAGCCGGCCAGGGAUUCUGGUUCCUUUUCCUCUUCCUGCUCAGGACUACAUCAUACUUGCUGGAGAUUGGUACAAGAGAGGCCAUCAUAGAUUGAUGCAUAGCCUGUGGCGUGGUCAUAAUCUUCCUUUUCCUGAUGGACUUGUUAUCAAUGGACGGGGUUGGAAUGGAAUCACAUUCACUGUUCAUCAAGGUAAUACAUAUAGAUUGCGGAUAUCAAAUGUGGGGUUGACAACAUCAAUCAACAUGAGAAUCCAAGGGCACAAGAUGAAACUUGUGGAGGUAGAAGGGUCUCACACCAUACAGAACACUUACUCUUUCUUUGACAUCCAUCUUGGACAGACCUAUUCUAUUGAUCAACCUCCAAAGGAUUACUACAUAGUUGUCUUCACUAGAUUCACCAGAAGGGUACUCACCACCAAAAAUUUUUAG